AUGUGUCCUUUUGCUACGUUGCCAUUAUUUGUUCCUUUACGGAACAUAUAUUUCUCGAGUGAUGAGGUAGAUGGCGCGGUACCGGCUCAAUUCACGAGCGAUGUCCCUAUUGAAUUGAAAGAGCGGGUCUCUAAGAAAUUCACUAUUGGCCCUACUGUCCAGCGAGAUUUCUGGAAAAAAGAGCGUGCUACAAUGGAUAUAUCACGAGGUCCUUGUAGGUGGUAUUUGCCCUCAGUGAAGUUUAUGGCGUCUAAUUGCUUGAAGGGUCAGGUGCCGGGGAGUUCGCAUCGAGUGUUGGUUGGCGCGAGGUUGAUUGGAUAA